AUGGGUGUCGAGUCGCCAUUUCACAUUCACAUCAACGAUUUGGAUGCCAGACAAAAGGCAAAGAUUAAGGAAUUGCGAAAAAGACUGGAGGAAGAUUUGAAAAGAUACCCUGAAUACGACACCGAUCAUUCGUUGCUCCGAUGGUUGAUUGGCUGGGAUUAUGAUAUUGAGACAAUUGUGCCAAAAGCGCAAUGGGCUCUCUCGGUUUUCGAUAAUCUUGGAUUCAAUGAUUACCACGUGAAAUCCCUUGAUGACAUUGAUGAAUACGCGUUAGCGAGAAGUCCAGCUGCUCCUUAUUUCCCAGGUGGCCUUCUCGGGUAUGAUAAGGACGGUGAUGUGCUUUAUUGCCAACCAUUGUCUAAAGCUGAUCCCAGAUCUUUGAUGAAAGCCGAUUCAGUUGCCCAGGCUUAUCGCUUGGAGUUGGCGAUGAUCGAGGGAGCAUUCAAGCUUGUCAGACGUCAAGAGGCAAAAACUGGGCGCAAGUGUGGGAUGAAGAUCAUUAUGGACUUGGAAGGGUUCUCGUAUUCAGAGCACGUUUAUCUCCCAUCUGUAUCUGAAUAUCAAAAAGUGCUGGCACUUGUUCAGCAAGUGUUCCCCGAGUUUCUGCGAAAACUUUAUGUGGUCAAUCCGCCCACUGCAAUGGCUGCUGUCUACAAUAUUGUAAAGCCAGUGUUGGCUAAGCAAACUCGAGAAAAGAUCGAGAUUCUUGGAAGCGAUUGGAAAGAAGUGCUUGUGAAUGCUUGUGGAGCUGAGAACUUAUACCAACAAUGGGGCGGAGUCAAACCAGCCGCCACACCCUAUGGAAAUGUGCGGCUUGGAGGGAAAGUGCCAGAAAAAGUGAUGUAUUCUCCUCAGAGCAAUCCAUUUGAUGAUGAAGGAAGGAUGAAAUCGGUGAAUAUUGCAGCGAGAGGGAAAGCUGAGUUCCGGUUUCAAGCCGACAAGGGAGAUACGAUCCGAUGGUUGUUUAGAGUGAGCAGCGGCGACGUUGACUUCUCGAUUAAGCAUAAAGAAAAAGAGGUGUACCCAACUUUCCGAAUCUCCACCGAAUUUGUGCCCGAGUUUGGCUCAAUGGUUUGCCGAAAGACUGGAGAAUAUGUGCUUCUUUUCGAGAAUCUUCAUGGGAAACUGUGGAGCAAGGAUGUCACAUAUCGAGUCGAGGUACAAGAGACAAAAGAAUGUUCAGCUUUG